AUGGCCACCACUCAAACCGCAAUCUCCAAGAGGAGAAAGUUCGUUGCUGACGGUGUCUUCUACGCCGAGCUGAACGAGUUCUUCCAGCGCGAGCUGGCCGAGGAGGGCUACUCCGGCGUCGAGGUCCGCGUCACCCCCACUGUCACCGACAUCAUCAUCCGCGCCACACACACCCAGGAGGUUCUUGGAGAGCAGGGUCGCCGCAUCCGUGAGCUCACCUCGCUCAUCCAGAAGCGAUUCAAGUUCCCCGAGAACUCCGUCUCCCUCUACGCCGCCAAGGUUCAGAACCGUGGUCUCUCCGCCGUCGCCCAGUGCGAGUCCCUCCGAUACAAGCUUCUCAAUGGUCUGGCCGUCCGAAGGGCUUGCUACGGUGUCCUGAGGUUCAUCAUGGAGUCUGGCGCUAAGGGUUGCGAGGUUGUUGUUUCCGGAAAGCUCAGGGCCGCCCGUGCCAAGAGCAUGAAGUUCACUGACGGUUUCAUGAUCCACUCCGGUCAGCCCGCCAAGGACUUCAUUGACCACGCUACCCGCCACGUCCUGCUCCGCCAGGGUGUCCUCGGUAUUAAGGUUAAGAUCAUGCGCGGCUCCGACCCCGAGGGCAAGGCCGGCCCAUCCAAGACUCUCCCCGACUCCGUCACCAUCAUCGAGCCCAAGGAGGAGCAGCCCGUUGUCCAGCCCAUGUCGCAAGACUACGGCGCCAAGGCCAUCGCUGCUCAGCAAGCCGCAGAGCAGGCCAGGCAGGCCGAGCAGGGCGAGGGCGAGGCCCAGCCAGCUGGUGGUGAGGGUUACUCUGAGGAGCAGUAG